AUGGCGCCUAGUAGCCUCGUGCGACUAGUGAAGCCGUAUCUAUAUACCUUUCGGAGUAACGCCAAAUUUCGCUGGUUUGGACGAACAAUUCUGGACGUUUACGUCAGCGAGUUUGGGAGUUACCCAGAGUCGUACUACCGUACGGCAAUUCAACAAGGUCGUAUACGGGUCGGAAACGAAAAGGUGGAUGUUGCAUAUACUAUACGAUCCAACGACGUGCUAACCCAUACUGUACACCGUCACGAACCGGCCGUAGCGGUGUCCCAACCGCAGGCGCCAUUUGUGAAAGUUGUUGCCAAUUCGGAGACUUGGCUAGUGGUGGAUAAACCUGGGACAAUGCCGGUGCAUCCUAGUGGCGCCUACCACUUAAAUUCGCUGCUACCAAUUUUGGAAAAUACCUACGGAAAGUUGUAUCCCAUCCAUCGGCUCGAUCGUCUAACAAGUGGCUUGGUUAUCUUGGGGAAAACCCCUGAAGCUGCGAGGCAAUUGGGGAAGGCAAUCAAGGAAAGAGACUCUUGCACAAAACUGUACAUAGCUCGAGUUCGUGGUCGUUUUCCUUUCAACUGUGCAUCACACGUUCCGAACUUGUCCAGCCAUAAGUCAUACCCUCCACGGUAUGGAGAAUGGUCUGUGCUCCAAGACAUGGAUGGCAAAAAAGAUAUGAAAGCUGCCGAGACGUCUUUUGCCUUGCUUAAGUUUGAUGCCAAGUCUGACUCGAGUGUGGUAUUGUGCCGACCGGCAACUGGUCGCACCCAUCAAAUUCGGUUACACCUACAAUACUUGGGCCAUCCAAUCGCAAACGAUCCGAAUUAU